UAUAUUUCCAGGAUCAAUGUCUAGUAAUUUUCUCAAGUUUCAGUCCAACAAUCGACAAUAUAGAAUAGAAGCGUGGUAAAAACAGCGCUUGCGUGCCAUCUACUAAAGAUGGCGCCUUGCGGUAUUCUACCAUUUUAAUCCCGCUAGGCCGGCAGCGUGUGUCAAAACUACUAGCACUGAAAGUCAGUCUUGUUUCAUCGUCUUCAACGAAUAUGCCUACUUAAAGCAAGCAGCCGCGAUUGUCCGCUUAUUAGUGCGAGUCUCUGUCUUUUGGUGUGCACAAACAAAGUAAUAUAAACGAUCCUUCGUGAUCCACCUUGUGUCUUCUUCCUCCAUCAACUUGUUCUCAAACCAUCACUUCCUCGGCCCACUUUAUGGAAAUCUGAUUUCUUCCUCGUCGCUGCUAUCCGAAUUUGUAUAAUCCUCGUGAAAGCCUUCUUUUUCACUGCUAUUUGACUCACUAAGAAAUAAGUUCUCCAUUUCUCUUUUCGACAUUGUAACGAAUUAGGGUAUAGAUUUUAAGUUCUCUAAAAUAUCGGUGGGAGUACCUGGCAGAGAGAGUACGCUUGGUACAGCGGCACUCGUGGCCCGAAGGAGAUUUCAUUGAAAAUACGCGCGGCAGUCAACGUGUUAAACUUAUUGCUCCACCGCCUAUGUAUUCGAAUAGUCAAUAGGCGACGGAGGCAAGAGGAAGUGUAAUUUCUUUAACUCUUCUGCGGCUAGCGGAUAGAAAAAGGAUACUUCAAGAUGAAUAAAGUGGAUUAUAUGGAGGUCACUGUACCUAACUAUUCGUAUGUCUUCAAUUUCGAAGAGACAUUCAUUCAUAUGGAUACUAAGAUAUGGAUGACGAAGAAUUGGACAAACUGUUUUUACUAUUGUGGCAUUUACAUGAUCCUAAUUUUUGGAGGACAGCAUUACAUGUCGAAUAGACCAAAGUUUGAACUGAGAGGCAUACUCGCACUAUGGAACACACUGCUUGCAACGUUCUCUAUUAUUGGAUUUACUAGAACAGCGCCAGAGUUGAUUCACGUGUUAAGGCAUUAUGGGUUUUACCAUAGUGUUUGCAUACCAAGCUUCAUUGAACAAGACUGUGUGUCCGGUUUCUGGACGUGGAUGUUUGUCUUGUCGAAGCUUCCAGAACUUGGCGACACAAUCUUCAUCGUGCUACGAAAACAGCCACUAAUCUUUUUACAUUGGUAUCAUCAUAUAACGGUUCUUCUCUACUCGUGGUUCUCAUAUUCGGAAUACACAGCAUCAGCCAGGUGGUUUGUCGUAAUGAAUUACUUUGUUCACUCCAUAAUGUAUACAUAUUACGCUUUGAAAGCAAUGCGAUAUAGACCACCAAAGGGGAUCGCCAUGCUGAUCACUACGCUACAAUUAGCACAAAUGGUUAUUGGUUGCCUUAUAAAUAUUUCGGCUCACCAGUACCUGGAAAGUGGCCAAAUCGAUUGCCACAUUACGCGUGUCAACGUCAAACUUAGUCUGCUCAUGUACUUCAGCUAUUUCGUACUCUUCGCUAAAUUUUUCCAGAAGAGUUAUCUAUCUAAAUCUAAUAACAAAGUAGGGAAGAAGGUUUACGCUAAUGGAACAAUGGAGUAUGACAAGCUCAAGGUUAAUUAAUGCACACUACAAUUUUUGAAAACUUUUUCUAUAGACCCUUUCCAGGAACAUUCCUUGAAAACGCUUUUCAAUAAGAUUUCUUUCAAAGGCGUUAUGGAAAUGCAUUUCAAGAAAUGGCCCUUGAAAAUUUUUUUUAGGAGUCUUUGUUAAUUCAAAGUCGUAAAAACUGGUUGCAGUAGAGUGAAAGUGGUGAGAGGUGGGGUGGAAAUUACUUGAAAAUAUAGCACAUUGAAUUUUACAAUAAUAUUAAAUGUUGCACAGUGAAUUUAGUAAUAAAUUUCAUGAUAACUUGUUUAACGCGUCUCACGCGUUAAACGCGUUAUUAUAGAAUUAAUGAAAGAAGAAGGAGCUUCUCCUUAGAGACGUCUUGAAACUUUCGUUUGUUUAGGGACGAUUUCAAAAUAAAUUUCUUGGUGAACUUUUUUCUUUACGCUUCUUUAUGAAGUUAGCACAAAAUUUGGUAGAACGAGGAUGGAGACAUAAUAUUUAAAAACAUAGUAGGAAUGUAUUAUUUAAUAUUGAACUAUUUAAUAAUGAAGAAAGAAUAUUAGAUUUGAACGAAAUUCGUCAACAAAUAAUUGAUAUAUUCUUAUUACAUUUAAUAUGUUUGACAUAUUUAUUGUUAUGGAAAUGUAUAAAUAUGUUGAGAUAUCAUAAAGAAUAUAUAAUUAUCUGCAUAUGCAAAGUAUGGAUAAUAUUAAAAAAUAUAUAUCGUGAUCGAUCUUUCGUAAGAACAGCCGAAAUCUUUUUUCACAUUGCUCGAAAAGAAAAGAAAACAAACACAAAGAAUUGUUCCCAAGUCUUGUUCUACCGGAAUAACGAUAAAAAAAAAGAAA